GCAUCGUGUGUGCAAGUGAGGUUCAAGAGGAGAAUUCAUGUUAUUUUCAAUCAGGCGUUGGGACAAAGACCGUUGAUGCUGUAGCAGACGAUUGCACAUGUCAACGACGAAGAAUAGGACCUCGAAUCGCGCAACGACGGGUGUACAUGGUUGAGUCUGCGCAACCGUCACCGUCACCGUCUUUCGUACGCUUUACCUUGCAAACCACAUCAGUCGACCACAAUCUUUGAUAGUCCGCGCAAACGCUACUCGAUAUCGCGACCGUUACGUUAUCUUCGGUCCGCUGGUGGCUAGCAGAUCUAUUCCAACAACAUGACGAACACUUUGGUCGGCGAUGUUUACGCCAAAAUCAUCGAAGAGGUCAUCGCGACCUCAACGACCGACUUCGAGGAAAGCGGAGUAGGACAGACGACAUUGUCGGAGAUGCAACAGGAAUGGCAAGCCAAGUUGAGUGCGCGUGGCGUUGCACAAAUGCCCUGGGACCCCAAGCCGAUUCCUGUGCAGCCGAAUCCACCUCCACAGCUGCCACCUACUGUUGCCAACGAUGUCCCACCUGCUUCAUUCCCGACCUAUGACCAAGCCACGAAUGAAGGCAUUCGAAUAAAGCCGGAACCAGGCACGGAACAGCAGUUCCAUGGCCUGCCGACUGGUGCAUACCCAUCUGGUGGUGUUCCCUCCACUCAAGGUGGUCUUGCACGAGCUCAACAGCUUGUGCAACAGCAGUAUGCAAAUGCGAUGCCUCGGGGCGGCCUCGCGCUACCAGGCGCUCAGCAACCUCAGCAGCCACAGCAGAGGCCGCCUGGUAUGCCGCCUGCGAAUGGAGCUGCCUUGCCCGCCGGCAGCCUAGCGCAGCAACAGUUCCAGCAACAGCAGCAACAUGCCAUGCAGCGUCAGCAGCAAGCUUUGCAGCAGCAGCAACAAAAACCUCCCACUCAGCCACAGCAGCAGCAGCCGCAGCAAUACCAACAGCAGCAACAGGGGCCGCGUCCACCUCAGCCCCAGCAACAGCCACAAGCACCGCAGCAGCCGGCACAGCCUCCGAUCAAGGUUGAGAACAGCAUUCCAAACUACAAUCAAACCGACGGUACUGCAGAUGAUGAUCUCGCCCAAUGGCGUGCCAUGCUUGCAGAGCGACGUGCCCUCGGCGCCGAGCAGGUCCGUCAAGCCGAUCGAAUGAUGUACGACCAAGUCAUGGAAAUGACCGCCCAGCUCGAGAGCGGUCUCAUGGUCCCCCUCUCAGAGCAGCCAUCGACUCGCCGCAAGCAACGACGCGCCGGCAACAAGCAAUCUGCCAGAACUUCCUCCCCACCCAUCGCAUCAUCCUCUCGCCUCCCGUCUCAACUCGACGGUCUCGAUGACGACGACGAUGCCAAGGGUGGCGAUGAUGACGAAAACGCCAUCAACUCGGACCUCGACGAUUCCGACGACGAAGGCCAAGGUAACAUCGGCGAGGACGAAGACGACGAGGGCGACGCCAUCCUGUGCACCUACGACAAAGUCCAGCGCGUCAAGAACAAGUGGAAGUGCACGCUCAAAGACGGUGUCAUGAUCGUCGACGGUAAGGACUGGGUCUUCCACAAGGCCACGGGAGAGUUCGAAUGGUGAAGGAAGCCGGACUUGGUAGUUAUCGUGUUUUUUCUCCAUACUCUGGAUGAGACGUUUGUGUUUAACGAAAUGUUGAAAUUUCGUAAAAUUGCUUUGCUCGACCAGACUGAGAAUCUGAUCAGGUUUGGGAAGAUACGAGGGAUUCAGUCGGCAGAGAGGGAGUGGGUCAAGGUUUGAUUUGACGGAG